CUUCACCCCUACACAAUGCCGACGCGCUGGCCCGUGCAUAACAAGAACCGCAGUUGCGCAUUGAUCAAAGUUCAGCACAAAGGGACCACCAGCAAAUCCCCUCGUGCCUUGCAUUCUCUAGGCAUCGUCAAGAUGGCGAACAUUGACGCACUGCGGCCUUACUCACCUAGGAAAUCGUCUAUGACUUUUUGGUCCCGUCAUGAUCCCGUUAAACUUCCACAAGGUUACACAGACCACUGGGCCAAGAUGCAACUUAAGUGUACAACGUUUCAAGUUGCCAUGCCAUCGGGGAAAGUCAUCAGCCAUGGAGGUCUCCUUGCGCAAAGGGCGCCAAAGAACGAGCACGUGGCGACCUUUGAGUACACGAGAAACGGUACGCUAACCAGAGUCGGGGACCCGACCUUCACGCAGGUGGUCGUGUCGGGACUGAACGGAACCUUGCCUGGGAACUACGACAAAAAGCGCCAGAAACCCGGAAGUGCAAGGUCACUCCGGACAACAUACAACGACAAAGCAAAGGACGGAUUUAACUACUGGCAGAUUGAAAGGCCCAAGCCCACCAAAUUCGGUCGAUGUGGUAUCGGAGCGGCUAACACCAUCCUUGGACUUGGCAAUUCCAUCAGAACGUGAAAGGUGAAAGGAAAUGCGUUCUUCAACUUUUAUUAAGUUCACUUCACUUGAUGUCAAGACAAAUGCCUUCACCCAUUAUCGAUCGUGUGCAUAAUUAUGGAUUAGCAAAAGGGGUUUUUCAUCGAUACCAUGCUUGCGUAACUGUCUUUCUAAAUUAUUUGGUCAUGUCUUAUAUGUUUGUUUUUCUGUUUUGUUUUUUAGUAGCCACAAGGAUCGUGCUUGAUGUAAAUAGAUGCAAUGGGACCAGAAUUUUACACCUAGGGCCUAUGUACAUACUUUAUACAGUGUUUGGCUGUAGUUUGAGUUACAUUUGGAUUAACAUUAACUAAAGAGAUCAUUCAUUUGAAACAUAAAAUGCAAGCAAGGAGACACUUAAUUUACAUCUAUGCAAUUAAAAGAAGCUUGUUUAUAGCCUAUUAUGUUUGGACAAAGUUUGCAGUGUUUUGCAGCCUCGUCCGUUUCCCCCUCUUCUUCAUAAUAAACGCUGCUUGUUUCAAAGUA